AUGAAGAGAGAUAGAGUUAUGGAGGAACCAAGUUAUGAUACAGCAAGCAAUGAAGGGAAGAAAUUGUCAACAGAUGACAUUUUGAGAAUUGCUGGAACAAGAUUUAUUCAGUGUUUUGAUUCUCUGCAGGCUGCUGAUCAUGCUCCUUCCAUGAUGCUCAGCCACCCUCUUGAAUGUUCUUUAUAUGGCCUUUCCAUAGAAGAGACUAAAGAUGUUGAGCUUGUGGAGUUGCUCCUUUCUUGUGCUGAGAGAGUAGAAUGUAAGCAGUUUGAAUGGGGGAGCAAAUUACUCGGCCAAUGUGAGCUGUUAUGUUCUGAAACAGGGAAUUCAGUUCAAAGAGUGGUUUACUAUUUCUGUCAAGCUCUUAGAGAGAGGAUUGACAAAGAAACCGGACGACACAUUCUGCUGAGUUUGCAGACAAUUCAGCAGAUAGCUCAGCAGCAGUUUGAUAUUGAUAAGGCAUUGAUGACUCUAACUCCUACUCUCCAUGCAAUUCACAAUAAUAUUCCAUUCUUUCAGCUGUCUAUUUUUACAGGAAUUCAAGCCAUUGUUGAGAAUGUCAGGGGGGCGAAGAAGGUUCACAUAGUUGAUCUAGGAAUAAGGAGUGGUUCCCAAUGGACUGUACUAAUGCAAGCUCUUGCUUCUUCUAGUCAUGAAUCUCCACUUGAGCUUCUCAAGAUCACUGCUAUUGGAACUACUUCAAAACAUGUCAUUGAGGAAACAGGUGAUAGGUUGUUGAGUUUUGCCAAGACCAUGAACAUACCUUUGUCUUUUAAGAUAGUGAUGGUAUCAGAUAUAUCCCAUCUCAAAGAAGACCUUUUCGAGCUAGAUUCUAAUGAAACAGUAGCUGUCUACUCUUCAUGUUUACUUAGGAGAUUUCUUUCAGAACCAGAUCAACUGGAGUAUUUAAUGAAAGUGGUAAGGAACUUAAAUCCAUGUGUGAUGGUUGUUACUGAAGUUGAAGCAAACCACAACUCACCAGUUUUUGUUAACCGCUUUAUUGAAGCCCUUUUCUUCUAUGGAACACUGUUUGAUUGCUUUGAAUCUUGCAUGAAAAGGAAUGAUCCGAAUCGAAUGUUAGCUGAAGCAACUUAUUGUUUUCAGGCAAUCAGAAACAUUGUGGCCACUGAGGGAGAGGAGAGAAAAUUUAGAAUUGUGAAGAUUGAUGUGUGGAGAUCUUUCUUUGCCAGGUUUGGAAUGGAGGAGCUUGAAUUGAGCCCAUCAUCUAUAUACCAAGCUAAUCUCAUUGUUGGCAGAUUCCCAGCUGGGACUUCUUGUACUCUUGGCAUGAAUGGAAAAUGCCUCAUGAUGGGUUGGAAAGGUACACCACUUCAAUCUCUUUCUGUUUGGAGAUUCCAUUGA